CGAGCGGCCGCUGGCGUUCGAGGCGGAUGGCUCGGCGUGAGCGGCUCCGGGCGGCGUGUGCGGCUGUUCGCGCUGUGGCCGCCGAGGCCUCGGGUUCCCGGUCAUGAGAGGAGAAUCUGAAGCCAAGAAAUCUGAGAAAAAGUACUGAAGGGCCAUGCAAGCCAGUUGUAACCAGCUGCACAGUUCUCCAGGAUGUGCAAGUGGUGAAGAUGCCUCUGCCUCCCAGUGUCCUCUCCCAUCAAGACUGGCUGGAGAUAGUUCGUGUCUUUACUCUGGAGAUGUUCAUAUUCAGAUGAACUCCAUGCCUAAAGAAUACCCUGGAAGUCCAGGCUCUAGAAAUAAAAGGUCAGGUGCCCAUAGCUGUACCCAUGGGUGUGCACAGAGUCGGUUCCGGAGUCACUCCCAUGGUGAAGAAAGGCCACCUGAUGAUCCGACCCCGGAGAAUGGGGAACAUGCAAGUGGCUCAUUCUCGGAAUUUCGGCAUCUCUUCAAGUGGCUGCAGAAAAGUCUUCCUUACAUUUUGAUUCUGGGUAUCAAACUUGUUAUGCAGCAUAUAACAGGAAUUUCUCUUGGAAUUGGGCUGCUAACAACUUUUAUGUAUGCAAACAAAAGCAUUGUAAAUCAGGUUUUUCUAAGAGAAAGGUCCUCAAAGAUUCAGUGUGCCUGGCUACUAGUAUUCUUAGCAGGAUCUUCCGUUCUUUUAUAUUACACUUUUCAUUCUCAAUCACUUUACUACAGCUUAAUUUUCUUAAAUCCCACAUUGGGUCCUUUGAGCUUCUGGGAAGUACUUUGGAUUAUUGGAAUUACAGAUUUCAUUCUGAAAUUCCUCUUCAUGGGUUUAAAAUGCCUUAUUUUAUUGGUGCCUUCUUUCAUCAUGCCUUUUAAAUCAAAGGGUUACUGGUACAUGCUUUUAGAAGAAUUAUGUCAGUAUUACAGAAGUUUUGUUCCUAUACCAGUUUGGUUUCGAUACCUUAUAAGCUAUGGAGAGUUUGGUCAUGUAACUAGAUGGAGUCUUGGGAUAUUAUUGGCUUUAUUCUACCUCAUACUAAAACUAUUGGACUUUUUUGGACAUUUGAGAACUUUCCGACAUGUUUUGCAACUAUUUUUUACCCGACCAAGUUAUGGAGUGGCUGCCAGCAAGAGACAGUGUUCAGCUGUGGAUGACAUUUGUCCAAUAUGUCAAGCUGAAUUUCAGAAGCCAAUUCUUCUAAUUUGUCAGCAUAUAUUUUGUGAUGAGUGCAUCGCCCUAUGGUUUAACAGAGAGAAAACAUGUCCACUGUGCAGAACUGUGAUUUCAGAUCGUAUAAAUAAAUGGAAAGAUGGAGCGACUUCAUCACACCUUCAAAUAUAUUAACUUCUACAAAUUUUUAAGACCACAAAACACUAAAUUUUAUUUGGUAUUGAAAAAGGGUAUCAAUAUUGGUCUCCAGGACUAGAAGAAAACUUUUGAUUCAAAUGGUUUUAUAAUAUUGAAAGACUUAUAGAUUACAUUUGCUGGACAUGGUGGCACACACAUUUAAUUCCAGCACUUGGGAGGCAGAGGUAGGGGGAUUGCUAUGAGUUCAAGGCCAGCCUAAGUAACUACAUAGUGAAUUCCAGGUCAACCUGGGCUAGAGUGAGACCCUACCUGAGAAAAAAAAGUAUAUGUUCAAUUUAAUGAAUAUACAACUUUUAUUCUAUCUAAUUAUUUGACAGGUAAUUGCAGUGUUAAGUUGUGUGUCUUGUUUUCUUGCUGAUGGUACAAAACAGAAGUUAGAAACUAGAACUAGGCCAGGCGUGAUGGCUCAACCUGUAAUUUCAGCACUCAGGAGGUUGAGGUAGGAGGAUGGCAAUGUUCACCCUGGGCAGAGACCUUGCCUGAGAAAGAAAGAGAUUGAGAAAUACAGAAGAGAAAAGAAACUAGAAGUGGUGGUAGUUCUAGAGGAGUCAGGUAUUUUUUUCUUGACACUUUUCAGAAUAAAGAUUUUUUAAUAGCAUUUUAAGACAGUAUCUGAAAUAAUUUUCUCAUCCUAAAAAUGGUUAUUUACAAAAUUUGUAUUUUUAAAUGAAAAUUCUAAAAGCUUUAUUUUACUUGUAACAAUCACAUUUUAUAAGUAAAGAUUUACUGAGGAUGAUAUAUUUUAAUACUGUAUUUGCUAUAUGAUUAAUAAUCAAUGAGAAUAAAUAAUUUAAACUUA